GGUCCGUUCUGAGAGAAGAGGAGGAGGAGGAAGAAGGAGAAGAAGAAGAAGACAUUUUCGUAAAAUAUUUGCCCCCACGUGAUGCCCCUCAAGAUUAUUUUAGCCCAUGAAUAAAUGAAUAAAAAAUAAGCCAUACUUCUUUACAAACUCUCACUCAAAAUAAGAUAGGGGCCCUAUCAUAGGGCCUAUAGUUUGGAUGGGAAUAUGGCCUGUGAGAGGGUGAAUGUAGAGAGAUAUAUACAGCUAGAGUCUACGGGAGUCGAGCUUCACUGUGCAUACGCAUGUGAAUUGUGAUGUCCUUUAAUUUAAUUUUGCAAUUGGGUCUUUCAGAGAUAUCAUAAAUUCGCAGAUGGUCUAAAACCAAAACUUUUGCCAAAAGGACUCAAAAGUAUAAUCAUCCAAGCAACAAAGCCUGACCAUGUCCCUGCCGCCUGCUUUAGCAGCUCGUUUGAAGAAGAGGGGAAUCUUGAGAGCUGACUCGUCUAAUAUUGAAAAUGAUCCGACAGAAGAAAUCAUUGCAGCAGAUUAUUCCGGUGACAUCCAACCUGACUUGAGCAAAGAACAGAUUAUCAUUGACAAUGACAGCUUACCUCAUGGUUGGUGGAAGGUCAAAGAUCCUCCAAGUGGAUUUUUCUACUACUGGGAUUCCAACACAGAUAUGGUUUCAUGGCUCUCCCCCAUAGAUUCCAAGGCAAACAUUUCAUUGUCAGCCAAGAAACUGAGAGAGAUAGAAGAGAAGAGGAUAAGAUUGAGAGAAGCGCAACCCAAACCACCAGGCAUGGAGCCACCUGACAGGAAGGUGGAGAUUGGACCAGUGAUUCCUUCCAGCGUCCCACUUCCUCCUCCCAAGAACCCCCCACCAAGGUCUGGAGGUGAAAGGUCAAGAAGAGAUCAUAGAGGUUCUAGAAGUAGGCGACAGAAAGAUGAUGAACUAGAUCCAAUGGACCCUGCAGCUUAUUCUGAUACUCCAAGGGGUAAUUGGAGCAGUGGGUUACCAUCACAUCAAGAUGCUAAGACGGGGGUCGAUGUAACUGCUAAUGGACCUCUCUAUCAGAUGAGACCUUAUCCUAGUCCUGGCGCUAUUCUUAGAGCUAAUAAAGGCAAUGCUAACACAUGAACGUAUGCAGUGAACCUUUCGGACUUGAGCAGGAGUAUGGAGCAAAUGACUCUCGAGAACUGGACUAUCAGAGAUGCUCUGCUUUAAAGAUACCAAUUUAACAUCGGAUAUCAGAGCUUUUAAAGACACUCUACUCUCUGGAUGUAUUUGGAUCAUGUUAAUUGUGUAUGUAAAUAUUCAUGUAAAGGAGUGCACAUUCAAGCUGGCAUCUUGGUCAGUGGUGUUUCAAGGUACAAUCUUCAGCGUUUGGAUCAGGCUGUCAUUGGUAGAACACACUAGGGGAGUGUUUCAUGAAGCAAAUGGAAACUGACUGAUUUGUUCUUAGCCAAACGGGUGCAAGCAUUUCAGUAGCUUAUAUCAGCUUUUCAGUGAAAAUAACGGAAUAUUUGUUUCAUGAAAUGCCCCCCCCCCCCCUUUGUAUUUGAUCAACCUGUCUCUGUACAACACCUGAUGCCCUCCCGUCUCCUUACAGUCUAACUAGCCUGUGAUUGGCCUGUGAGUAGAGGAAAGAGAUACAUAUAGGCAUUCAUAGCUACAUGUAUGUGUUGUGCGCUAUAAAAGAACGUGAUAAUAUCAUCAUCAUUAUUAUUAUCAGUGUGCAGGGCAGUAUCUAGACAGCCGAAAUCCGUCUGUUUGGAGGAGUUUUUAAAAAUAUUGACCUUUCUGGUUUGUCCUGCUACACAGACAGCUAGCCCAAAGGUUCAGUGGAUUAUUCCCAGUAAAACAGGGUUCUGAUUUUACUACAUUGAUUCUUAUGUUUUUUUUAAUGAAAUUGCACAGAGAUGGGAUUGAAUGCUAGAUUGAUAAUUAUGAUAAUAAUAUUCUGCUUUUAUAUAGUACUUAAUACAUCGGAACGACGUCUAAAGUGCUUUACAGUUUCUGAUUGUUAUAAUAACUUCAAUCAACCCUAGACCUAUAUUUUGAUGAAAAAUAUUGUAUCAUCAGUCCUUUGUACAGUACAGAGUGCAAGAACAUUUUCAUGACUUGCCGUCUUCCAUUAAUCUUGUUAUGAAACCUGAUAUGUUUACAUUGACUAGCGCACUUGAUUGGUGUCAGCACUUAACAGGUGAAUGAACAUUCCUAGAUUUCUUUUGUUGAGGAAUCUUUGAAAACUGAGACAGUCCCUGCAAAGUGGGACGAUCCCACUUUCAGACCAGCAUCUCUACUGUUCGUUGACCAAAAGAUCAGCCUAACAAUAAUAUUCUGCUCUUAUAUAGUGCUUAAAGCAGAUACGAACCAAUAGCGCCAUCUCGAGUCCUCAACUACUCAUACCUGGCCAGUUUCCUGACCCGUAAUGCUAGUGUAGUCUAGUAAUAUAGACCUGCUUGAAUGAUAACAUGUUUAUUAUCUACUCUAUACAUUUAUACCGCAAUAAUUAUGUUACCAAGUAGAAAAACAAUUACUUUUCUUCUCAAAACAUUUUAGUUUCUCUUUACAAAUGCAAUUAUAGGUCAAUUCACUCUCGGUACUAUUAGUAGAUAUCUGAAAAUGUCUAUUUUAAGACUAUGUAUUUAUAACACACAGUCAAUGAGAGACCACACAGAGUUCACUCCCCCUUUAAUACAUCGGAACAACGUCUGAUUAUUUUAAUAACUUCAAUACAUCAUAGACCCAUAUUUUGAUGAAAACAAUUGAUUAACUUGGAGCUUCGGUCCUCUGUACAGAGUGCAAGAACAUUUUCAGUCUAUUUAAGGAGGUGUGGUGAAGGAAGACCUAGUCCAGCGGAACAACUAACGAAGCAGAGUCUGAAUCUUUCAGACUAGGCAGUAACAAGCCUCGGUAUCACACAUCUUGCAAUAAUGAUAAUAAAAGUCCGUUUUUAUAUAGCGCAUAACACGUGUUAAAUAUGUCUCUAUGCACUUCAGAAAAUAAAGGUGAGAAAUAGAUGUGUUGGUGCCAUUAGACUUGCACUCUCACCAAGGCGAUGUCUCAAAUGAUUCUGGAUAAGAAAGUGGCAUGGAAGAUAAUAAGAUAAUAAUAAUAACAACUUAAUCUUAUAUAGCACUUUUCAUGAGAUUCAUAUCAAAUGCUUAAUAACAAUGUAGAUAAUUUGAAAUAUACAAACAAACAUGAAUUAGAAAUCAUAUACAAAAAUAAAAUAUCAAAGUCACUGUAAAUGGAACUGUGUUGAAUGUGCUUUUUUUUCAAUAGAUAAGUCUCAAAUCUUGAUCUGAACAAUGUGAUAUUGGGGAUAGAAUGAAGGGAAGCUGGAAGAGAAUUCUAGAGAUGUGGGGCAGAGCUUGAAAAGGACCUAUCACCAAAAUAUUUAGUUUUUGCUUUAUUGACAGCUAAAGAAAUUUUGAUUUGCAGAAUAAAGGGACCUACUUGGAGUGUGUGCCAGGAUCAAUUCAGAGAGAUAUUUCCAUAAAGAGAAAAAAUAGUCAAGACUCCAUGCCCGAACACCUAAUAAGCGGGAGAUUCUCUCUCCAAGACCCCUAUAAGCAAGGCUGUGGUAAUACAUGUAUGCACAUGGGCUAGAAUUUGCAAAGGUGAUUUCUAUUAUACCAUAAUAAAAAAAAUCAUGAACUUUGCACAUUUCUGGUAUUAUCGCACUUCAUUCAAGCAUGAGUUUACCAUUUGCCAAAUGUGUGCAUUCAUAAUUGGACUUUUCUCAGUGUAGGUGAUUAAAUAAGCAUAAUUUGUAUGAGAUAUAUGCUUAAUUCAUGGUUUUUACCUUGAUAGAAUUGAAAGACCUUUUUGAAUUUGGCUAUAGACCACUUGUAUAUAAAAACUAGCAGGUCCCUUGAUUGCAGUACACAUUCCACAAUGCCAUAUAAUAUUGUAUAUUGUAGAUAAAUACACAAUUGAUAUGAAAGUUAGAUUCCAUUUUUUUUUAAGUGUUAGGGCCAGAGAAACAACUCGGGACACCUAAAGACACCUAGAGCUUGAGACACAAAGCCAGGGCGGGGUAAUUAACUCUAAGCAAGAGAGUGGGGCAUUUUGUUAAAAUGGCUUUUCAGCAGUAAAUUUGGAGUUACUGAAAUGGUACUGGAAGAUUUAUGCUAGUGAUAAGAGGCAUAUUGAUAUAUUUAUAGAAAACAAAUCUCUCAUUCAAAUAUAAUGCGACAAUGCCCAACAACACUCGAAGUACAAUGAUGCAUUUACAAGAUAUAAUUUGGGCAUAUUUUGUCUUGACUCUAAAAGAGUAUGUGGGAGCAGUGACACCAGAGUUUCUGCCGACUAAAUCCUCAAUCGAUCUUUGUAUUUGAAAAUAUAUAUAUUUACAGAUACUUACUGUUUCUCAAACCUUCUUUACUUUGUCUUUGUAUUAUUUUAAGCGUCUCAUUUGCACAACCACUCAAUGUCAGGUUGGAUGUGAAUUAACUUUUAAUUGCAGAUACAAUUCAGAGCUGUACAGUUGUCAUUGAAUAAAUAUUUUUAAAUUCUCCCUGA